GCAGCCCAUAAAAGCUGGGUAUGCAGCAAGGCUGUAUGCAGGAUUCUUCUCCUGACUUGCUUGAUCCCGGCGGCCUCCUAGGAGCUUGGUGGCCAUGGCACAAUGGAUUCUGCUCCUUGUAGCUCUCCUGGUCCUGGGUCAUGUGCCACCAGGAAGCAGUGAAUUCAAAAAGUGCUGGAAUGGCCAAGGGGCUUGCCGAAAUUACUGCAUGAGGCAAGAAACCUUCAUGCACCUGUGUCCAGAUGCUUCCCUAUGCUGCCUCACCUACUCACAGAAGCCACCACCUGCCUCCAAGAUCAGCCAGGAGUAGCUUGCUCUGGUGCCGGGACCCUUACUCCCAA